AUGGAUCUUCAGAAACAAUUCCCGACGGUCCACUACAUCUGGGGAGGAGCAAUCUCGCAUGUUUACGAAGUCCAUCCUCUGAUCGUCCUCAAGGUGCCGGGGACAGGUGAUUACGACGUGGAACAGUUCAAAAACGAGCUCAAGAUCUACGACAUCCUCUCUCGCCACCCGCCUUGCCCGUUCAUCGUUCAAUGCUUCCACUGCGCUGAAAACGGGAUCUUCCUCGAGUACAUGAAGAAUGAGGUCCUCGCCUUGCGAAUCCAGAACAACCACACAAGAGACCACAAAACAAUGGUCGUCACCGAAGUCAAGAAGCUUGAACCUCUCGGCCUCCGCCAGCAAUGGAUGACCGACCUCGCCGGAGCGACCGCAUUCCUCGAGUCUCUGAACCUAGCGCAUGGCGACCUCCGACCCGAAAAUAUCCUCCUCGACGGCGACAAGGUCAAGCUGUGCGAUUUCGACUGGACGCGCGAGUUCGGGGAGGAGUACUGGACUUGCGAAGCGCCCUACGGCAGGUUCUUGAACAAGGGGGAGGAAGAGGCGGGUGAAGGGACUUGCGGGCAUGGUGGCAACCUAUGCGUGCGCACGGAACUUUUCGCCCUUGGCUCGCUUUACUACCUCAUCAACUACGGCUUCGAGGUCUACGGGGAUCGCUGUGUGUCUGAGGACCCCGAGGGGCGUGGGGCCGCCGUGGAAUCGCUGCUGCAGAACAUGCAGUUCCCCGAGCUGAACGGGGAUCCUGUCAUGGAUGCCAUUAUUGACAAGUGUUGGCACAAUAAGUAUCCCACCAUCGCGGACUUGGCUGCCGAGUUGGAGCGCCUUUUUGAUGGGGAGGGUACUAAAGUCAGCACUGCCAGUGAAGAACACCAUCGAGUUGAAGCUAGUGGGGAUGGCGAAACCACCAUCGAUGCUGCUGUCGCCGAGGAUACUGCGGGCAAGUCUUCUGAGGCUGGACCUUCUGAGGCCGGAUCUAGUGAAGCGGGAUCGACUGAGUCCGGAGCUUCAGAGGCUGGAUCUACUGAUACUGAGACAGAAUUAUCUGAGAAUGCAUCUCUUGAACAUUGUCAUCUGGACGAAGGUCAUCUCAAGGAAAGCCAUCUAGAGGAGGGUUUUCUCGAGAAAGGCGAUGUUGACGAACAUCACCUCGAAAAACGUCGUCGUCUCCAGGAAGGUCAUCUCGAGCAAGAUCAUCUCGACAAAGGCCAUCUCGAAGAAGUUCUUCUUGACCAAGACCCUCGUGAAAAAGAACCGCCCAAGAAUGCACUUGCAGAAAUAAAAACGCAUGAGGAAGGACUGGUCAGCGCGGGAACCAAUGCGCCCGAAGCAGCUUUGGGAGAAGAAACCGGCAAAAGCAACGCUGACGAAGGCGUUGAAGAAGACGAGGGAUACGCCAGUACCUCUAGACCUCCCAGCAUGGAUGAAAGCGGAGCGCUAAAGGGGGAUUUCUCUGCCUUGAAGGCCAUUUGUCAGGACUUGGUGGCCCGCGGGCUUCUCGACGCUCUUUCGUCGGUGGAACCUAAGGACCUCGGAUUCAGUGUUGAAUGGUACAGAUAUCACAAGGGUUGA